AAUUGAUAAGAGUUCCUGUACUGUGUAGCAGCAUUUUUCAUUCAUUUCUCUCAGUAGGUUUCUGAGGCCGAACUCCUGCCUCACCGCCCAAACAGGAAGUGGGUUAAAGUGGUAUGACCUGGGCCAGACCGCAGCUGGAGCAAUGGCCAUGGACCCGUACAACAUAGACGAGUACCACCACUACGAGGGCUCCCUCUUCCCAGCCUCCACCCUCAUCCCCGUCACCUUCAUAUGCAUCCUCAUCUUCAUCGUCGGGGUGACGGGCAACACCAUGACCAUCCUCAUCAUCCAGCACUUCAAGGACAUGAAGACCACCACCAACCUGUACCUGUCCAGCAUGGCCGUCUCCGACCUGAUCAUCUUCCUGUGCCUGCCCUUUGACCUGUACCGCCUGUGGAAGUACGUGCCCUGGCUGUUCGGGGAGGCCGUGUGCCGCUUCUACCACUACAUCUUCGAAGGCUGCACCUCGGCCACCAUCCUCCACAUCACGGCUCUGAGCAUCGAGCGCUACCUGGCCAUCAGCUUCCCCCUCCGGAGCAAGGUGGUGGUGACCAGACGGAGGGUCCAGUACAUCAUCGUGGCGCUGUGGGGUUUCGCUCUGCUCUCUGCGGCGCCCACUCUCUUCCUGGUGGGGGUGGAGUACGACAACGAAACCAACCCCGACUUCAACAUGGGUCAGUGCAAGCACACCAGCAACGCCAUCAGCUCUGGACAGCUGCACAUCAUGCUCUGGGUGUCCACCACCUACUUUUUCUGCCCCAUGUUCUGCCUCGUCUUCCUGUACGGCUCCAUUGGGUGCAAGCUGUGGAAGAGCAAAAGCGACCUGCACGGCCCGUGCACGCUGGCCCGAGAGAGGUCCCACAGGCAGACGGUCAAGAUACUGGUGGUGGUGGUGUUGGCCUUCAUCAUCUGCUGGCUGCCCUACCACAUCGGCAGAAACCUUUUUGCCCAGGUGGAUGACUACGAGACUGCCAUGCUCAGCCAGAACUUCAACAUGGCCUCCAUGGUUCUCUGCUACCUGAGCGCCUCCAUCAACCCUGUUGUCUACAACCUGAUGUCUCGGAAGUACCGGGCUGCAGCCAAACGCCUCUUCCUGCUGCACCAGAGGCCAAGACAAGCCUGCCGCAGCCAGAGACAGCUCUGUGUGAUCGAUCAGAUCUCCUCCCUGAAUGAAAGCUUGACGGGGGUCUGAGCAUGGGAUCAGGGGAGAUGUAAGCCCCAGGGGGGAAGAACCAGUGGAAGGGGAAUGGAGACAACACUGUGCAUCAGUGUUAGAAUCCGCCGUUAAAAACAAACAUAAAGGUACCGAGAAAUUCUGAAACUAUUAAUUUAUAACGUCCUCGUUUUCAUCAUGGACAAACAUACCUGUUGUGUGUUUUCUUGUAAGGGCUUUAAUGUCAGUCGAGUUAAGACUGUUUGUAAUGUCAGUUGAAAUAUCAGUGACUGGAUUUGUUUACUGUAUGCUGAAAACUUGUUGUAAUGUUUGUCUUCAUUUAUCCACAAAAAAAUAAAACGACUACAAUGAGAGUGGUGGAGUGUGUGUGUAUACAUGUUUUUGUACACUUAUGGGGUCCAACGUCUGAUGUGUGUCAUUACGACGAGGACCUUUGUGCUCGUGAGGACAUUUAAGUUUAUCUCAUAACCUAAAAGGGAUUUUUUUAAGUAAAACUUGUGACAUUUUUUUAAGUGUGUCAACAGCAAAUUCUCACAACAAUGGAAAAGAAAACACGCGAGUGUGUGACAGUCAACAGACAUGACAUGCACUUGAUAAAAGCACAUUAGAAUGUAAAUGGGGCACCUGUUGUCUGUGUGUUUUGAUACUGGGGCCACCUGAGCCUGGAGCUUUUGGGGCUGCGUACGUGCUCUGCACCACAUGUAAUCUGAUAUGCCUAUUAUAUUAAAUGGGCUCUGAGUCAGAUUUAUGCUGGCAGCUAAUGUCCCUUUCUGCAUCACCGUACUCAAAGUAAUGGCUUCUCUAAGUGCUUUUCAAAGAAGAACAAAGAUGCGAGGUUGUCAGCAGAAGAGUUCAUUACUUUUACUGUUUCUGCUCCCACUGUUUCUCUGAAACUGCACACUUUUCUGUCUCAUCUGCGCCAUCAGUCAAGGUAAUGUCAGAACUGUUUACUUUAAACCGUGUGAAACAUCCAGAAGAGCAUUUCCAUUAUUUUUUUAUUUUUUUUGUUCUGGGUACACCCCGCAACAGGCUUACGUCUCAUUCUUUAAAAUGUGCCGUCAUUAUUUGGCCCAUGAAUCACCAGACACCGACGUUUGUGGGUGACUCAUCCACUCGACACCUUUUUCACAGAACCAUUCAUCUCCGCACUGGAGGAGCUGAAG